AUGUCGUUGAAGCGGAAACGCUCGGAGAGCAAGAAGGAGGACAAGGAGCUGAUCGAGCAGGUGCGCAAGUGGGAGGCGAACGUGCUCGGCAAGCAGCAAAACCUGAACGACGUACUGGAGAUCCUUAAGGUGGCCAAGGGCGCGAGCGUGGAGGCGUCGUUUGUGGCGAUCAACGCGCUGGGCCGGAUCUUCUCAGGGCUGCUGAGCAAGGGGCUAAUGAACCGCACCAAGGACUCGAAGAAGCUGGCGGACGACGCGGCGAUGCAGGUGAUGGCGGUGAAGAUUCUGAUGCAGCUGAUGCAGCACGAGGGAGCGAAUCUGGGCCGGCUGGCGGGCGGCUACGACUUCCCGAACGAGAUGCUGCAGGCGGUGCUGCAGACAGUGCUGGCGAGCGAGUCGCCUAGUGACCAUCUGGUGCGUACGCUGGUGGACGCGUACAUUGACUCGUACGAUGACGUGCGGCUGUAUUUCUACCGCGGGGUGGCGCGGAUGCUGGCUGAGGAGGUGGCGGGCGAUGAUGCGGUGGUGCGGAAUGUGUUUGCAGUGAUGACGGCGAUCCGGUCGGUGCCGCACAAGGACAGCAGCGAGUACGGGUCGUUCUGGGUGGAUCCGCCAGCGGAAGCGGACCGGCAGCAGCUGGCGGUGGGCAAUGCGCAGCAGCACCAGAAGGCGUUCACCGAGGCGUGGCUAGGGCUGAUGCGGCAGCGGCUGGACGUGGGCAUGUACAAGCAGAUUCUGCUGCGGCUGCACAAGCGCAUCAUCCCGUAUAUGGCGGAGCCGCGGCGGCUGAUGGACUUUUUGACCAGCGCAUACGAUGCCGGAGGCCCGGUGAGCCUGCUGGCGCUGAACGGGCUGUACACGCUGAUUGGCGAGCACAACCUGAACUACCCGCUGUUCUACGAGAAGCUGUAUGCGCUGGUGGACCGCAGUCUGUUCCACGUGCGGUACCGGGCGCGGUUCUUCCGGCUUUUGGAGGUGUUCCUGGGAUCGUCGCAUCUGCCGGCGUAUCUGAUCGCUGCAUUCAUCAAGCGGAUCACGCGCCUGGCACUGUCGGCGCCGCCAUCGGGCGUGGUGGUGGCCAUUCCGGUGGUUUACAAUCUGCUCAAGGCCCACCCGGCGAGGCAGCAAUGGCAGGAUGAUCCAUACGAUGCGCUGGAGCGCGACCCAGCCAAGUGCAAUGCGCUGCAGAGCUCGCUGUGGGAGAUGGCUACGCUGCAGACCCACUACUACCCGAACAUCGCCACGCUGGCACGCAUUUUCAACGAGCCGUUCCACAAGCCGACGUUCCUGCUGGAGGACUUUCUGGACCACACAUACUCGACCUUCUUUGAGAGCGACACCGCUCGCACGCCGAAGAAGGCUCCGGCGCUGGCCGUGCAGCCGCCGACGGCUCUGUUCCGUGCUGGCGAUGCGGUCACUGAGUUCAUGAGCUUCUAG